AUGGCGACAGGUGUGGCAGUCAGGUCUAGUAUCGGUGAUUGGUGCAAAAUAUUCCCUAGUGAACUAAAAUCGGAAAUGCAAUCCCUACUUUUUGUGAAGAAACUGUUCGCAGUUGCAUUGUCAUACGUUUUGUAUUUCAGAAAAAUAUUUGCGGAGUCAGCUUUUCAUGACAAGCAGUUAGAAGAAAUUAAAUUGAAGAUUUUGAAGGAGGGCUAUAAGUUUCCAGGAUCUUCAAAAGUAGUUUACUGGCUCAAAGGUUGCUUUGAUGCCAUUGAUCGUCAAUAUCUCAAAUCAGCAACUCUUGUACUUUAUUCCACUUCUGGCAACAGAUCUGAGUACAACGUAAUUGAGUCAUAUUGCUUCAAGGUAUCAUAUGAAUGGAACAAUCUGUCGUUGAGUGUGACAUCCAAAUCCGAAAGAGAAUCCAGUAGUUUGUGUGAAUUGUCAGUUUGUUCCGAUGAAGGCGUUAAGCUAGCUACUUUGAAUCUCCUAAAGAAUAUAGAGUCGGCUGGGAAAAGAUUAACAAAAUUACCACCAGACCUUAUGAUAACUAUGAAAUUAGAAUAUUACAGUGAGGUUACACCAGAAAAUUACAUUCCACCUGGAUUCAAGCACGCAGAUGAUAUCAUUUUCAACUUUGGUGAAGAUAAUGUCAAUGUGCGAAUGGGUAACGUGAGAACAGUUCAUCAUGGCAUUAAGAUGCACAUACAAACAAAUCGAAGGCUGCUACCGGGAUCUAUAAGAUCUACUCAAUCAACACAAGAAGACAAACCUGUUCAUGACCUAUUGUUAAAUUCAAAAGGUGAAGACAAAUUGAACGAAGAAGAUGAACUCAGUUUAUCUCUUCGACAACAAACAUUAGGAUUCGAUGAAGGUGGAUACGAAGUCUAUGAAGCUCGCUGCCCAUGCGAUGUAAACAAAGAUGAUGGCAUAAUGGUUUUAUGUGAUGGAUGCGGCAAGUGGCAACAUGCGGUUUGCUUUCGAAUUCUGGAGGAACGUGAUGCACCCACUUCACAUAUUUGUGAGAUCUGCGCAAAUUCAAAGCCUGAACUUCUUCAAACUGGAGGCAUCACAGAUGAGACUAUUCAGAAACUGACUGUUGAAGCUAGAAAGACAAUUUGUCUCUUCAGACGCGCAUUAGCCCUGUCUAAAAGUCUUGGAGUGGAGUACGCGGUCGCUCGUGGGAUUUUCAACCGUUUGAUGAAAGAGCAAGUCAUAAAAGGAGCAGGAACAAGAAGAGGUGAAAAACUUGUUGAAAAGGAAUACUUGGAAAGCAUCGUAUUGCCACGCUUUUUCAGUCGUAUCAGUCUGAAUGAAAAACCAUUGGAAACUGCGGUGUCACCUCAACUGUCAACCCAUCAACAAUCAGCCACAAUUCGACAUACACCUGGAAAACGCACGCAGGAUAGUAUUUCCAAAUCGAGUGCGGAGAAGGAGUUUGAAGAAUUGAUCAACGCAAGUCAAGACUCAACGGUAUCACCAAUAUCACAUAAAAUAAGAAAAAUGCAUUUGGCAAAUACACCUAUUGGCGUACUUCCCCAGUGA